CUCGUCCGGCCGCGGAUCAGGACGAUGCGGUACAUCGCCGAUAUUGUCAAUACUGACAAGAUGUCGGGGAGGAGCAGGAAAUACAAGAUCAUCUUCAGCCCCCAAAAGUUUUACGCUUGUGAGAUGGUGCUGGAGGAAGAAGGAGUCUUUGGUGAUGUCACCUGUGACGAGUGGUCCUUCUACUUGCUCCCCCUGGAUGAGGACAUCAUCAGUAUGGAGCUGCCCGAGUUCUUCCGUGACUACUUCUUGGAGGGAGAUCACCGCUGGAUCAACUCUGUUGCUCGAGCCCUGCAGCUGCUGAACUCCCUGUACGGCCCUUUAGGCAGAGCCUACGGGAUCGACACCGACUAUGUGACGGCGCUGUGCUCACAGGUGGUGUACGAGGGGCUGGUGGACGACACAUUCCGCAUCAAGUGCGGGAGCGUGGAUUUUGGACCAGACGUCACCUCCUCUGAAAAGAGCAUUAAGGUGCUGCUCAAUGCCCAGGACAAGGUCUUCAGCCAGAUUCGCAACGAGCACUUCUCCAGUGUGUUCGGGUUCCUGAGCCAGAAGUCCCGUAACCUGCAGGCACAGUACGAUCGGCGCCGCAGCAUGGACAUCAAGCAGAUGAAGAACUUCGUGUCCCAGGAGCUGAAGGGACUGAAGCAAGAGCAUCGCCUGCUGAGCCUGCAUAUUGGUGCCUGUGAGUCCAUCAUGAAAAAGAAAACCAAACAGGACUUCCAGGAGAUGAUCAAGGCUGAACACUCUCUCCUGGAGGGCUUCGACAUCCGUGAGAGCACCAGCUUCAUAGAGGAGCACAUUGACCGGCAGGUGUCCCCCAUCGAGAGCCUGCGCCUCAUGUGCCUCCUGUCCAUCACGGAGAACGGUCUCGUCCCCAAAGACUAUCGCUCCCUCAAAACCCAGUACCUGCAG